ACACCCGAAUCACUACACUAUAUAUAGUUAUAGAUCCCAAAUGUAUCAUCCUCCAACCAAGAUAGAUAAAGCUAAUUUAUUUUCUCAUCUAAAAAUGGCUUCAUCUCAAGUUGGUGAUAUGGUGAAUGGCAACGCCGAGCCUACUCGCCACUUGGCCAAAUUUCCCCCUAGUUUAUGGGGUGAUAGAUUCACUUCAUUCACUUUAGAUAAACUGGUAAUUAGAAUGUAUGGUAAUGAGAUUGAAGUGUUGAAAGAACAAGUGAGGAGCAUGGUAGUAGCCGGUGGACGUAAAGCAGCAGAACAAAUAAAUUUGAUCAACGUGCUCGAACGCCUUGGUGUGUCGUAUCACUUCGAGAAAGAGAUUGAAGAGCAAUUGGAGCAAUUGUUUGCUAAGUUUGAAGACAAUGAAGACUAUGAUUUGUUCACCAUUGCACUACACUUUCGCAUAUUCAGACAACAUGGCUAUAAAAUGUCAUGUGAUGUGUUCAACAAAUUUAGAGACAACAAUGGUGAAUUCAAGGAAACAGUGAGCAAUGAUGUACUGGGUAUGUUAAGCUUAUAUGAAGCUACAUAUUUGAAGAUCCGUGGAGAAGGUUUUCUAGAUGAAGCUCAUGCUUUCACAAUAGCCCAACUUGAGUCUCUGGUGGGAGGGCCACAUUUAAGCCCUGAUCUUUCUGAACAAGUGAUGCAUGCCCUCAAGCAGUCAAUCCACAGGGGCUUUCCAAGACUAGAGGCAAAGCAUUUCAUCUCUUUUUAUGAAAAAGAUGCUUCUAGGAAUGAAACCCUAUUGAGGCUUGCAAAGUUAGAUUUCAAUCAGUUACAGUCGUCGCACAGGGAAGAAUUGGGCCACAUCUCUAGGUGGUGGAAAGAGUUGGAUUUAAUAUCGAAAGUUCCAUAUGCGAGGGAUAGAGCAGUGGAGUGCUUUUUUUGGUCAACAUGUGCAUAUUACGAACCUCAACACUCUCUUGGACGUGCGGUGCUCACCAAAAUAAUGCUUUUGUUAUCUGUUACCGACGAUACUUAUGAUGCAUAUGGUACCUAUGAUGAACUCAAACUUUACACUAAUGCAGUCCAAAGGUGGGAUGUGAGUGCCAUGGAUGAGCUCCCAGACUACAUGAAGGCACUCUAUAGAGCUCUCCUAAACGUCUACGAUGAAGUAGAAAGGGACUUGGCAAAGCAAGGGAGAGCUUUUGGUGUUCAUCAUUCAAAAGAAGCAUUCAAAGAAAUAGUGAGAAGUUAUGAAAUUGAGGCAGAGUGGUUCAAGGAAGAAUAUGUAGCGUCAUUUGAAGAGUAUAUGAAGAAUGCCUUAGUAACCAGCACAGGUCGACUGCACACAACAUCAUGCUUCAUGGGCUUAGAGGCAGAUGUUGCUACCACUGAGGCAUUUGAAUGGAUUCUAACUAAACCUAAAAUGGUGGCUGCCUCUGGUGCUAUUGGCCGACUCAUUGAUGACGUAAUGAGCCACGAUGAAGAACAAGAGAGGGGACAUGUAGCUACAGGGCUUGACUGCUACAUGAAGCAGCAUGGUGUUUCAAAGCAAGAGGCGAUUGUGGAGUUGUAUAAAAUGAUUGAGAAUGCAUGGAGGGAUAUCAAUGAAGAAAUGCUUAAGCCAACUGCCAUCUCAAUGAAACUCCUGAUCCGUGUUCUCAACCUUUCGCGCAUCUCGGAUGUGGUUUACAAGUAUGUGGAUGGCUAUACUCAUCCGGAAAUAAUCAAAGACCAUGUCAUCUCUUUGUUCGAAGAUCCAAUUCCCAUUUGAGUGAGCAUGGUUCACUGCUUUUUCCCUCCUAAUGGCAAACUAAUGUGUGCGGGUGUAGGCUUGGACUUGGCCUUGGAUUAAUUUGUUUUUGGGUAUUGUAUUAUGUACUUCUAUCUUUAGUAGUGUGAAAGACAGAAGAUUUUCUGUUUUUAAAUUCUUCUGUUUCUGUCUCUCAAUAUAAUAAAUUUACAAAUGUCAAGAUACUGUAAUCUCGAUAUUUGUAUUUUGAAAGACAGAGCAGAUAGAUUUGAAGAAAUAAUCUCCUCAAAUAAAUGACCUGUGGUGGGUAUGGGAGGGCUGUCCUGUUGUCCAGCCCAUACUAUUGUGCUCAAAGAAAAUUUAGGUACUUUCUAUUAAUGUGAUCUACUUGUGUACGACACUCUUUGCCGCACAACA